AUGGCCGGAGACAAGGUGCCCUCGUGUAACUUUUAUUACAAGGGUGGAUUGAACACAUUGGCAGUGUCUUGCGAUACCAACAACAAUACAAUCUCAAUCACUCUAAAUUGCGCUGUGGUCAAUACCAAUGCCCAACCAAACUGGGUGACAGACUUCCCCUUAUUAAAGUCAUUGUCGAUCACUCUGCCAUACGCUGCCCUUACUGUUAAUGCAACUUUGACAAAGCAUACAAACAUCAAUAAUCUUGAGUUGAUCUCUGCCUCCUCAAUCUACACCGAAGUAACUGAUUGGACGACAAUGACCAGUUUGCAAACAAUCUACAUUCACAACCAUGUUGCCAAGAUCCCAACAUUGCCAACAACACUUCAAAACUACAAGAUUGAUAUCAGUCCGACAUCUGUUGCCACUGUGGACAUCCAGACCAGUCUAUUCAAUCCCAACCUUGUGUCCUUCCACUUGGAUGCCACUAAGCAACCGAUUGCUACACCAGCUUCCUUUACGAAGGACCUGAUCACUGCAUCCACAAACUUGGAACUAUUCCACCUAUACACGAAGGGAUUCAGCAUGGACUUGACAGCUUUCUAUAAUAUUCCAUUGGUUUAUGACCUACAACUGAUUGGUGUUAACCCUAUUAAUCCAGCGAUCCCCAAGGCCAGCGAUGUAAAUUGGGACAACUUGCAGACUUUGACCUUGAGCAACAUGGGAUUGACAGGCAGCUUCGCCUCACUCUUCAGUCUUCCAGUUCUCGAGUCAUUGAACUUGGCAAACAAUCCAGUAUUGACUGGCGAGCUACCAUACACAAUUGAUGAGACUGAACUCCGUCUGCUGUGGCUAAAGAACACCAGUCUUUCUGGCACUGUGCCCAACACUACUCUGGAUGGCCGCAUCAAGAACCUUGACAUCAGGACCACAUUGCUUGGAGGACUCCUCCCCACAGCUUUCCUCUGUCUUCCAGCUGAUGCCACCAACCCCAACACCAAGGGCAAGAUGAAGUAUCUCUUUGACGCCGUGUUCCUCAACUACAAUGCUACCUACAAGGAGACAUGCAACCCCCAGAUCACUGGAAUUAGCCCAGACCCACUCUCGGUCAACUCAUCAAUCACUAUACUUGGCAAUGAUAUCUUUAUUGUUGAUGGCGCAUACUCUGUUACCAUGAACAACACGCAGAACAACAUUGUCAAUCUUAACUGUGCAUCAUCAAGUGCUGGCAGCAUCACCUGUACCAACGGACUGAUCCAAGGUCAAGGCCUUAUCGUAAUGACCAUCGGUGGCAAGGUGACCUCUUACAACUUCACCUAUCAAGCACCCUUGAUCACUUACGCUACACCAUGUCCAACACUUGGUGGAUGGAUCACACUUGAGGGAUACGACUUUAUGGAUGUUGUCGGAUUGCAAGAGGGCUCAGGUAUCACUGUGUCAGGCAGAAAGUGCCAGAACAUCAAGAUCAUCACAGACUUUAACAAGGUGACCUGCCUGUUCCCCAAGGGAAUCGACUCAGACCUGCCCUUCAACUUUGUCGUCAAGGGCAUCACAAGCACUGAGCAGAGCGUCAACUUCUUCUACAACGCACCACAUGUCAUUGGUUCCGUGGCCAUUCCAUCCAGCGUUGCCACUCAGUUGAGCAUCUCUGGCACAGACUUCUGGGACGACCUGAGCAUGAUUAACGUCACCAUUGGCGGCUCAGUCAACUGCCCCGUCACCUAUGUCAACCACUCCAUCAUCCUGUGCAAAUUCCCCAGCACCGAGUAUGUCCCAGGCACAAUGGAGAUCAAGGUCGUCGUCAACGGCCAGCGCUCGCCACCCAACCAGCUGUUCCAGUUCGUCGACGAAAAGAUAUGUCCAAACGGAUGCAACAACCACGGCGUGUGCAGUGUUGCCAUCGGAUACUGUGUGUGCGAGGCUGGCUUUGCCGGUCCCUCCUGCUCGCAGUCCACUGCCAACUCGACAUACAGCACUCUCACUGGCUCUCCAAUGCUCACCAUCGUAUCCAGCGACAACCGCACUCGUCUCCAAGCCUACCUUGGCUCUGUGAUUGAGAAUGGCGCUGAGACACUCUCGCCCGAGCUCUGGACCCUCAACAAGACCGACGCCUACACCUCUGUCUACUCAUGGAGCAACAGGAUGGAGGUAGUCAUUCGCCAGAACCCAGUCGCCGGCUCAGACAACCUGGGAGGCUCUGCCAACAACUUCCCAGCUCAGAGCUACACCUAUGAGCUGCGCUACAAGAACAGCAUGUACGUGUCGUCCUCAUUGCAGUUCAAGAUGAUUGUGGCAACUGUGCCACUUGAGUGUGACGCCCCACCCAUGACCCUGGCCUACCCAUCAGGCUCGCAGCCCAACCAGACUCAGUACCUGCACUGGUCUCUGCUGACCCAGUAUGACACCCAGUGGAUGAGUCGAUAUCCCCAGUCAGGCGAGAUCAACGGUAUCUACGGCUCCGUGCUCACUUCUGUGUUUGCGCAGGAGGGUAGCAGCCAGACAUUGUUAAUCAAUGUGUUCCCAACCCAAGGCAGUGGUGGCUCUGGCGCUGCUGCUGUAAGAGUCACACCCAGCAACACACCAAUCAACUCGGCCAACCUGGUCUUUGACUUUGCCGCCUACCAGGCAACAACGUCUCGCGCGCCAGGCAAGACUGACUGCGCCAUACCCGACACCACCAAGUCAGACAACAGAUGGAAGAUUGCUGUUGGAGUGGUUGUAGGUGUUGUCGGUGCAGCACUCAUCGGUGGCCUGCUCUUCUACAUCCGUAGCCAGCACGUAAAGAUCGAGGAGACCAAGCGACUGCUCGAUAAGAAGCUUGCUGAGAUCAAUGGACAUUUGUAA